AUGACUUUGGGGGCGGCUGUGCAAACUUCCCUGCUCCGCCGAGAGGAGGCAGCCGAACGGCACCGAAAAGACCCGAGAGGAAGAAUGAAAACAGACUCGAUGCGCAGCAGCACUCGGAUCCCGACUCCAUGUGAGGUGGGGAAAGAUGGGACGGUCUGGAGCACCAUCCACCCUGGAGGACACCCUGGAGGGAGACACCAGGCACAAAAUGUGCUAACGGAAUCCGCGGGUCCUACAGCCUUUGCCAAGCGCAACAUUGAGGAUGCUCAGAGCGCGUUUUCGUGUUUACUAGACCAGAAAAUGUUACAUCACGUAUGUAAGUGCACUGUGGCAGAGGCACAUCGGGUGGAGAAAAACAAUCAGUGGGAUCUUACAGUUAGAGAACUGAAAGCCUUCCUCGCUCUCCUCUUCGUCAGAGGAGUUUAUAACAAAAAUAUAGAGAUGGAGAGCUUUUGGUCCGAGGAGUGGGGGUUGGCGUUUUUUAACUCCACGAUGCCAAGGAGCAGGUAUAGGGAGAUCAUGCGUUUUGAUAAGAAGGAGAGCAGGCGUGCCCGUCUGUCCACAGACAAAUUUGCCCUCAUGUCUCAUGUGUGGAGGAGCUUUGUAAACAAUUGUGUUGCUUGUUACAAGCCAGGGCCCAAUAUAACAGUGGAUGAACAGCUCUUCCCAACUAAAGCACGUUGCCGCUUCACUCAGUAUAUGGCGAACAAGCCCGACAAGUUUGGCAUAAAAUUUUGGAUAGCCGCAGACGUCGAGACGAAAUAUAUGCUAAAUGCAUUCCCAUACCUCGGCAAAGACCUUUCAAGGCCAAAAAGUCAAAGUGUCGGCGAAAGCGUAGUGAUGAGGCUGAUGGAGCCCUACUUGGGAAAGGGUAGAAACGUCACUACUGAUAACUUUUUUACAUCCCUCACCCUUUCAAAGUCCCUACUCAAGAGGAACACGAGCCUGGUCGGCACGAUGAAGAAGGCCAGAAGGGAACUCCCGCCUUCAGUGGCCAGCCAGAGAGGGGAGCUGUUUGCCACAAAGCUGCUGAGGCACGAGCGGUCCAUCCUCACUGUUUAUCAGGGCAAACCAAAAAAGAGCGUCGCUCUCCUCAGUUCCAUGCAUCACACUGUGGCCAUCGGGACUGACCGCAAGAGGAAACCGGAGACGGUCACCUUUUAUAACACCACCAAGGUCGGGGUUGAUGUGCUGGAUCAGAUGGCUCGGCUCUACUCAGUGAAAGGGGCAACACGAAGGUGGCCAGUGGCAGUGUUCUGCAACAUUUUGGAUAUGGCUGCAAUAAAUGCCUACAUCCUAUGUAAAAGGUGCAUGCCGAGCAACAUCGCAAGGCGAGCCUUCAUCUUGCAGCUGGCUGGAGAACUGCGGGCGGAACAUGUUUGCGCCAAGGCCGGUCCAGCAAUAGAGUGUCCACUCGCAGAGCCGCAGCAGACGGAUAAAAGAAGGCAGUGUCAGGUUAAUAUCCACUGCAAACAAAACAAAACAAAGGUGUGCCGUGGAGGAUGCAAACGACCGGUGUGUGGGAAGUGCACCGUAAGGGUUGAGACCUUUUGCUCCAACUGUGUGCCAUUGUCAUAA